CAACCAGAUGGUGUUAUGUCAUCUGAUAAGACCAUAUCAACAGUGGACUCUUCAUUUGGCACCUUCUUCAGUGAGACUGGGUCUGGGAAGCAUGUGCCAAGGGCUGUGUUUGUUGACUUGGAAGAAACAGUCAUAGAUGAGACGAGAACCGGACACUAUAGAAGCUUGUUCCAUCCAGAACAGCUCAUUACAGGAAAAGAAGAUGCUGCUAACAACUAUGCUCGCGGGCACUACACAAUUGGCAAGGAGUUAAUAGAUUGCGUGCUGGACAAAAUGCGAAAGCUGGCUGACCAGUGCAGUGGUCUUCAAGGAUUUUUGGUGUUCCACAGCUUUGGAGGAGGCACAGGAUCUGGUUUUACUUCAUUAUUGAUGGAGCGUCUUUCUGUUGACUAUGGGAAGAAGUCAAAGCUUGAGUUUUCAGUGUAUCCUGCCCCUAGGAUCUCAACUGCUGUGGUGGAACCUUACAACUCUAUUCUAACAACUCACACAACUCUGGAGCACUCGGACUGUGCCUUUAUGGUAGACAACGAGGCAAUUUAUGAUAUUUGUAACCGUAACCUGGACAUUGAGCUUCCAUCUUAUACCAACCUGAACAGAUUAAUUGCCCAAAUUGUUUCCUCUAUAACUGCUUCUUUGAGGUUUGAUGGUGCAUUGAAUGUUGACUUAACAGAGUUCCAGACUAACUUGGUGCCCUAUCCCAGAAUACAUUUCCCGCUGGUGACCUACUCCCCAAUAAUUUCGGCAGAGAAGGCUUACCACGAGCAACUGACUGUGCCAGAGAUUACAAAUGCUUGCUUUGAAUUUUCAAAUCAGAUGGUUAAAUGUGACCCCAGACGUGGUAAAUACAUGGCUUGCUGCCUGUUAUAUAGGGGUGAUGUGGUGCCCAAAGAUGUAAAUGCUGCAAUAGCUGCUAUUAAAACCAGGAGGUCCAUCCAGUUUGUUGACUGGUGUCCUACUGGAUUUAAGGUGGGAAUAAACUACCAGCCUCCCACUGCAGUCCCAGGAGGGGACUUGGCCAAAGUGCAACGUGCAGUCUGUAUGCUGAGUAAUACCACAGCAAUUGCAGAGGCCUGGGCUAGGCUGGACCAUAAAUUUGACCUCAUGUAUUCUAAGAGGGCUUUUGUACACUGGUAUGUGGGAGAGGGGAUGGAGGAAGGAGAGUUUUCUGAAGCCAGAGAGGAUAUGGCCGCUCUGGAAAAGGAUUAUGAAGAGGUGGGGACAGAGUCUAGAGAUCGUGAGGAAGAGGAGGAAGAUGAAUACUGA